AUUAAUUAUUGGUGUAUAUAAACCCCUUCUUUUCUGUUUUCGUUUUUCAUCUCAAUGCCAGCAAGCCAAGCAUCCACUGUUAGCAUUUAAUAUAUUGUUGCCAUUUUCGGAUAAAAUAAGUGGCAAACAUUCCAAAACUGCAAUCAAAUUGGUUUUAAGAGAUGGGUUCGAACAAGAUAGAGUACGGGUUUCUGAAGGAGAUCGGUCUGGGUUCUGAAAAUCUUGGUGGUUAUAUAAAUGGCAAGUGGAAGGCGAGUGGCCCAGUUAUCUCUACUGUCAAUCCUUCUAACAACCAGACAAUUGCUAAAGUCACGGAAGUUUCUCUGGAAGAUUAUGAAGAGGGACUAAGUGCCUGCAGUGAAGCGGCCAAAAUAUGGAAGAGUGUCCCUGCACCAAAGAGAGGUGAAAUUGUAAGACAAAUAGGAGAUGCACUGAGAGCCAAAUUGGAUGAUCUUGGCAGCAUUGUUUCUCUUGAGAUGGGAAAAAUACUACCCGAAGGAAUAGGGGAGGUUCAGGAAAUUAUUGAUAUGUGUGAUUAUGCUGUUGGAUUGAGCCGACAACUGAAUGGAUCUAUAAUACCUUCAGAACGUCCAAAUCAUAUGAUGUUGGAGGUGUGGAACCCGCUCGGAAUAGUUGGUGUGAUCACUGCUUUCAAUUUCCCAUGUGCUGUUCUUGGAUGGAAUGCGUGCAUUGCGUUAGUCUGCGGAAAUUGUGUUGUGUGGAAGGGUGCACCUACAACCCCAUUGGUGACUAUUGCUGUGACAAAGCUAAUUGCUGAGGUUCUUGAGAAAAACAAUUUGCCUGGUGCAAUUUUCACUUCUCUCUGUGGAGGAGCAGAAAUUGGUCAAGCAAUAGCAAAAGAUUCGAGAAUACAUCUGGUUUCAUUCACUGGAAGUUCAAAGGUAGGCAUGUCGGUGCAAAAAACUGUUAGUGAAAGGUUUGGUAAAUGCUUGCUGGAACUGAGCGGGAACAAUGCCAUAAUUGUUAUGGAUGAUGCCGACAUUGGAUUGGCUGUGCGUUCUAUUUUGUUUGCAGCUGUUGGUACAGCUGGUCAGCGCUGCACAACCUGUCGCAGAUUGUUUCUUCAUGAAAGCAUAUAUCAAACCGUAUUAGAUCAACUAACUGGAGUUUACAAACAAGUCAAAGUUGGAGAUCCCCUGGAGAAAGGAACCCUUGUUGGGCCAUUACAUAGUCGCGUUUCAAAGGAAAAGUUUGCAAAAGGGAUUUCAUUAAUAAAAUCUCAGGGAGGGAAGAUCCUGGUAGGUGGAUCAACAAUCGAGUCAGAUGGAAACUUUGUGCAACCAACAAUUGUUGAGAUUUCUCCUAGUGCCCCUGUAGUGAAAGAAGAACUGUUUGGUCCGGUUCUGUAUGUUAUGAAAUUUCAGACUCUAGAAGAAGCAAUUGAAUUGAACAACUCUGUACCACAAGGAUUGAGCAGUUCAAUUUUCACAGAAAAGCCCGGGAAUAUUUUCACAUGGAUUGGGCCAAAUGGCAGUGACUGUGGCAUAGUGAAUGUAAACAUACCAACUAAUGGAGCGGAGAUAGGAGGUGCCUUUGGAGGAGAAAAGGCAACUGGUGGUGGCCGUGAAGCAGGAAGUGACUCAUGGAAGCAAUACAUGCGACGCUCAACAUGUACAAUCAACUAUGGGAGCGAACUACCACUUGCUCAGGGCAUAAACUUCGGCUAGAGAAAGUCACAAGGAGUCAUGGUAAAUUAAGCAUGGUAAUGAUCUCUCUUGGCAACAUGUGUCAAGGUAUGAAGGUAACGCAGUUAAGAAUCUGCUAUGGAGAUUUUACGUACCCUGCUAUCUACUACUGCCUUGGAUGUCUUGAAAAGGAAUUCCUAAAUAGAUAUUUCUGAUGUUUGUUGAAUGGUUAAUCUUUUGAAUAAAAGCAGUCAAAAACACUUUUGACUUUUUUUUU